CGUCAUACGUUUUUUGUUUAUUGUGGAAAUUGGAUUCGUUCUCCAGCAGUUCUCUUUUCUUACUUUUAUUAAUUUGGCGUUGUUUGCUGAAUUAUAUAUUUACCGCAAAAAAAGAAAAAACUUAAAUUUGAGAUACGAGGUUUACUUUACUACGUCGACAAGGAACGAUCGAAAUAUAUAGAAAUAAAUUAACCGUUGAAUUAAUUUCGGUAGCCGAGAAAGAGAUCAAACAAGAUUUAAAGUGCAAAACCAAAUUAAAUGUAAUAAUUACUAGCAACACGAUUUUCCAGUCUAAGGGCAACUAGCAAGUAUAAGGAGAACUAGACCUACAAAUUUAAUCUUACUAUGUGAGUAAUAGGAAGUUGCAAAUUAUUUCAAGCAGUGGCCACAAAAGAGAAUUUGGAGGAUUGUGCAUAAAAAGUUAGUGAAGCUAAGAAAAAUUAAUUUUGCUUCUAAAGAUGCUGCCACGCCAACCAGGAGCCCAGCAACAGCAAUCGAAAAGCUCCAAUUUAGAUUUUCGCAAACGGCAAAUUGAUACACUUAAAAUAUUCAACGAUAAUGUUGUUGAAGUGGCUGAGCAGGAGGAAUAUUGCAUACAUUUCGAAUCUGGUGGACGAACCUUAUUACUUACUGUACAGCUUGGUGCGAAUUUCCCAAAUGAACGACCUAAAUUAGUUAUAUCACCGACUGUACAGCAUCAUUGGGUUAAUGCGGUAACGGGCGAAGUGGAAACGGCGCCUGGAUUACUCAACUACUCACCCCAUUCAGAUUUGGGUCGCGUUGUGCAGGCCGUUAUACGCGAAUAUGAGCGUUUUCCGCCACCUGUAGCAAGUUCUGGCAGUCCAAUCAAUAUUCCAACCCGUUCAGGCAAUAUCAACACCACAGCAACACCAACAACUGUAGCGGCGAAGUCGCUGGAUAGCAGCAAGGAGAAUUCACCAUUGGAUUCGGCAAAAUCUUCUAAAACCAAUGAUAGUAGCUUACCAAAUCUAUCCACACUAUCAUUAGAUGAGCUGAAGCAGCUGGACAGUGAUCCGCAAUUUUUCGAUGAUUUCAUUGAAGAGAUGUCUGUAGUGCAGCAUUUGAAUGAGGAGCUUGAUUCGAUGAUCAAUCAAGUAGAGAUUAUAUCACGGGAAAACGAGUCCAAGGAAACACAUUUGGUUGAACUAAAACGUAAAUUAAGCGACGAUGUCACCGCGCUUAAGCAUCUCGGCGAGAAAUGCGACCAGCUGAAUAAAAAGUACUUAAAAAAAUCGGAGGAAUAUGCACCGCAGCACAUACGCGAGUUGCUACAAAUUGCCGCCUCAAAUGCGGACAGCGAUUGUGAUCGACAUGUAGAGCAAUUUCUCAAUGGUAAAAUCGAUGUACAAACAUUUUUAAAUAAUUAUACGCAUUCAAAGAAAGUAAGCGCCGAACGCAAAGCCAAAGAAGAGCGCUUGGGUCACCAACUUAGCGCAUUGGAACGUGCCGGCAUUUAAAAAAUAGCUAAUAUUAGACCAAAAUGGUAUUGUAAAGUAGCUACUAGACAUGGCAAGAGCGAGUAGUUUCGAAAAGUCUGGCACACUCAAGAAUUUCCAAAAGAGUUUGCAGAAGCAGAUACAAGCCGUGCUCAGAAAUGCAUCAACAAAAUAUCAGUCGCUUUUAUUACCACGCUUUAUCAACUUGUUUGUUUUUAUAUUAUAAUUGAUAGAUCCAAUAUGCGCAACCCCGGUUAAAUACCGAAUUGAAAUUUAUGCCGAUUUCGUUUCUGCCAAAAAAUGCAACCUUCUCUUUGCCCUCUACGCGCAAACACUAAGAAGAGGGCGAUGAGAGGGCAACAUUUUUUGUAGAAAGGAAAACGACAUUAGUAGCGCAAAGAGGGCCGUUCCAUCAGUUAUAUUUUCGAAAAAAGGAGCUGAUGCCUUGGCUUGCUGGAUUUCCGAACACAGCCACACCUAGUAUUUAAAGUGACUUUGGAAAGCAGUUAUUAAUUUUCGAAAAUAGAACUUUCUGAUACAACUCUUUGUCUUUUUACAAGGUGAAUGAAGAAAAUUUAACUUUCAACUAUGUUACCAGACAUUUUUAUGCGUACUUCAUAUCAGGAGAAUAAAUUAAUCUGAAGUACUUUUGAUAUUAUUUCAACAUUUUUAUAAUUGUGCACAAAUUGAUAUCACCAAGGUGUAUUAAAUACAUACAUACAUACAUUUUGAAUAUCACAGCACUUUCAACAAAAAUGAGAGCUGAUAAGCCAGCAAAGAGUAAGUUGAAAUAAUUUUUUGAAAGUGAUUUGCGCCGUUUCAACUGCAGAUACACCAUGCAAAUUUAAAUUCCGCAAGUGAUUUCUGCAAAUCUGCAAACGGAUUUUCUAGAUGUUUACGCGAAAAAGUAGACUUUCACUUUCGCAUUUUGACCGCAAAAGCUCUUGCAUUGUCACGUCUAACCGCACUUUAAAUGUAGUUGCUUGCGCGUGAUUUAGCUUUUCUAAGGCAUGAAGCGGUAAAUAGUGUAUAAAUUUUGGACAAAACGAAACUAAAGCACAGGUAUUAGGCCAAAAUUGGCAGCCAACCUCCUUUAAGUAUGCAUAUGCAUUCUAGUUUAGUCGGUAAGCUUCUACUUUUAACCCCAUGGUUAGUGUUUUGUUCAAUCUUGAAUGUGUUAAAUGUCAUGUAAUAUUAAAUUGUUAGUAAAUCGCCACCAAUAGUUGGUGUGUCCAUCUCAUUAAAAAAAAAAUUGUAACAGAUUUUUAGCUCUUAAAUAAAGUAAUUAAAUUAGCAUUCAAUCAUAGUCAAGCAGUAAAACUACAUACAUUUAAAUUAAUUUAGUGUGUUUUUUCUUGUAAAGAAAAAUUGCAAUACAAAAAAAUAUAAAAGGAGAAUUAGGUAUUUAAAUUAUUGAUCUUGAUCUUCUUAAGCAAAUUCCAUUGUUUUGUCCAAAUACAUAGUUACUAGUAAACCAAAUAAAAUAUUGAAACAUUGUGAGUGAGAGUCAAGAAGAGACAACACAGAAGCUGCAUGGGGACUUGACCCACUACCCAAACUCGACUAAUUGACUUCAUCGCACCAAAUGUCGAUUUAAUGCAAUUACAUACAUAUGUAUAUUCGAGUAUUGUAUUGUACGUAUAUUCAAAUUUCUCUUGGCCUGUUAAAGUCGCAUAGACGAGCAUGGGCCGGUAAUGCAUAUUAUGUAGCUUCUUUCUUUUCAAUGCUCUUUGCCAGAACUCUUAAACACAUAAAUAUAAAAUUAUUAAUUAAAUAUAUGUAUAUCAUGCAUACGUGGUGAGUGCAUUUAAUAUUAAUAUAUUUUUUUCAUUUUGUGCAAUUAUUACGUAUUGUGCGUAGUAAUGUGAAGUGUUGUAAUAAAAAAGUGGAAAGUCAAACAGAAUUUAUUGUGAUUUCAUUAACCACUUACAUAGAUAUAGUAGAUGUAAGCAGAUAUUUAAUGGCAAUAAGUGUAUAUUUUCUUCAUUGCAAAUAAAUUUAAUUCACAACAUAAAAUUAAAAGGCUGCGUUAUGUUUGAAGCGGUAACGGUAAAUAUGUAAAAAAA